AUGAAUACACAAAUAAAAACCAUUGAUCCGUCAACGAUACAUUUUUAUUCUCAAGACAUCGAAGAUCCUAAAUUUAGUGUUUCAGAUCCGAAUACUCUUUCAAUUCUAAAAGAGGCCGUAGAGUUACUAAAACAAGAUAAUGUAAUUUCUAUACCAACAGAAACAGUUUAUGGUUUAGCUUCAAAUGCUUUGUCACUAAAUUCAAUAAAAAAAAUUUAUGCGGUAAAAAAUAGACCUGCAGAUAAUCCAUUAAUUGUACAUGUUUCUUCAUUAAAAAUGUUAAGAGCUUUAUUACCAAAAAAUAAUAAUAAUUUUGGCGAAAUACCAGAAAUUUAUGAACAAAUCAUUAAAAAAUUUUGGCCGGGUCCUUUGACCAUUUUAUUACCAAAAUCUUUACUAAUACCUUCAGAAGUAACUUGUAAUUUAUCAACAGUUGCAGUUAGAUUUCCUUCACAUCCAAUCUCGAGAGCUUUAAUAUCAUUAUGUGAAUUUCCAUUAGCAGCUCCUUCGGCGAACACUUCAGGAAAACCAUCUCCUACUUUAGCUUCUCAUGUGUUCACUGAUCUGAAUGGUAAGAUACCAUUAAUUAUUGAUGGAGGACAAUGUAAUUUUGGAGUUGAAUCUACUGUUUUUGAUGCAAUAGGUUCUCACGGACCAGUUAUAUUACGACCCGGUGGAAUAACAUUUGAAGCAUUAUAUAAGAUGCCUGGAAUGGAAAAUCUUAGAGUAUAUAAAAAAGAUUUUGUUGAUAAAAAACUUGAAAUGGGUCCUACAACACCUGGAAUGAAAUAUCGACAUUAUUCUCCUGAUGCUGAAGUUAUUUUGGUAGACAUUGAUGAUAAACAUAAAUCUCGUGAUGUAAUGGAUAGGGAAAUUGAAAAAAUAAGAAAAAAUGGUAAAUUAACAAUUGGAAUAUUGGCAACAGGAACAUCGUACAUAAGUUCAAAGGAAGAAUAUGAAAAUAACAAAUCUUUAUCACAAGGAAUAAUAGAAUAUACUUUGGGCGAUUCGAUGCAUCCCGAACAAAUUGCAAAAGAAUUAUUUAAAGGAUUGAGACAUUUGGAUGAAUGUAAUGUAGAUUGUAUAAUUGUCGAAGGUAUACCAGAGGAGGAAGAAGGCUUAGCCGUUAUGAAUAGAUUAAGAAAAGCAGCAUCGAGAAUUAUUAAUGAAUAA